CUGAGGAAACAUGAAGCUUUUUUUCUGGUUGCUGGUGCUGAAUUUCUUCUGCUGUAAGGAGGUGAAGAGUCAAAGUGGUGAUGGGGAAGGAAGCUGUCAACGUGUAAUGCACAUAUUCCCUGCCAAACUCCGAGAUCUGAGAUCCACUUUCCAGAAAGUCAAAGAUUAUUUUCAAAUGAAAGACAAUGCCCUUGACACAAUAUUGCUUGAAAAAAAUUUGCUGGAUGACUUUAAGAGUUCAAUUGGUUGCCAGACUGUAUCUGAAAUGAUUCGGUUCUACCUGGAUGAGGUACUACCACUUGCAAAAGUAGACAAAAAUGAUGUAACAUCAAAUGUUCAUUUCAUGAAGGACAAGCUCCUAGACCUGAAACUUACAAUAAAACGUUGUCAACGUUUUCUUCCAUGUGACAAAAAAAGCAAAGCGGUACAAGAAAUCAAGGAAAAGUAUACUACAUUAAAGGAACAAGGGAUCUACAAAGCAGUUGGAGAAUUUGACAUCUUCAUUGAUUACAUUGAAGAAUACCUUAUGUCCAGGAAGAAGUAAUAGAUCUUAAUCUGAUUAGUUUUUACUUCAUUGUUUUCUUACCUGAAAUUGAGGGCAUUCAUCCCCCAUUGUCAUAUGGAAGAAAUGAGAAAACAUUUAAAGUGAAGAUUUGUGAGGUCAAGUAUUACUGCCACAACAUGCUUAAAUGUCACUUGGGAUGUACUGACAGUCAUUUUAACUGCUUUGCCGUUAUUAUAAUUGACCAGCUUAGGAUCAGAGAUAUGAAAAUAUAAAUGAAGUACAAUGUACAAAAUGGACUUUGUUAGUUAGAGCAUAACAAAUGAUGAACAUUCUGUUGAAUGUGAAAUAUAUCUCUAAAAAUUAGGGAGGCUGAUACUUGAUCAUGUUGAUUAGUUUCAUGAUGCUAAAUGCUGAAAACCCCCCAGUUGUACACAUAUUGAGGUGUCUCAUGUCUUAUGUUACUUUGUAUCAAAUGCAUGUUUUAGUGCUAGGCUACAGUAUGUUUGCUACGAUGAAGAUAAUUGUUUACUUCCAUUUUAUGGCUUUGUUUGUCUCUUCUAAGGGCUCGUGUACAUGGGUCCUGAAAAUCUGGAUAACUUACAUGUGCAUUCAAUAUUUUUCUACUAUCAAUAGAAAAAGCUAUUCUAUUAUAGGAUUUGUUCUAUAGUUUGUGGAACAGCCACACAGAACCACAAAAAAUACAUGCAUGUUCCCCUAGAAAUUAAGGUGGAAAGGUGCCAUCCACAAAAACAUGAAGAUAGCACACUGAAGAAAAUAUGGUUGUGUGCAUGAGCCCUAUUAUGUAGAGAAGAUCCAGGCAAAAGUAUGAAGUCUUUAAGUUAAUGUUCCCUGAGAAAAGGAUAGAAAUAACUCUUGUCCUGCAGGAUGUAUACUAUCUCUUAAAUGCGACCAAUAGCUGAUUACCCUGUAGGUAAGUGUCUAAAACCCUCAAAAAGCUUAGUAUCAAACAAAUCAAGACUCCCAGUAUUGUUUUUCCACUGCUUGUGUACAGUUAUUUGCUCCCUAUUAGUAGAGACUAUGAUUCUCAUUUUGCAUAUGUUCCCCUUGGAGUUUUACAUUAAAGACUCAAUACCUUUUGUGAGAACUUUGUAAAGAGUCACUUAAUUUAAACAAUUAUUUCAAAAGCAUGUCACACAGACAACCAGAACCUUACUCUGUACUGGGUGAGAAGGAAAAACUCCAAAAUAGUGCUGCUGUUUACAGAUAGAUGUCCCUGGUUUGGCUGUAAACCUGUGUGAUAAACCAAUCAUGUUGCUAUCCAACAUGAUUUGUAUUAUUUCAAGCACAAUACUCCAUGAUUCUAGAUGUAAAUGUGAACAUGUACUUUAAUUUUAGCAUAAAUAACAUACGUUAUUUAUAUGUGUCCCUUUAAGUUUUAGGAUGCUAGCAUGUGUUAUUUAAAUGUGCAAUAUGUACAUAUCAUACAGUAUAUUUAACUAUUUUUACAAAUGUAUCCUCAAAGAGGACCUGCUACCUACGUUUGCAAUAAAAAUGUAAUAUAAAAUAUAAAAUGAUGCAGGUACUUCCAAGGUGAUUACAUUAGGACUAAACAAUUUUCUUGACAGCACUCACUUUGUAGAAAAGAAAAAAUAUACCUCUGUUUAAAAUAUAUUUAGAAUAUCAAAUUCAAAUGUUUAUCUAUUAAUAUAAUGUUCUUCUUAUUCUAUGUUCUAUGGAGUGUUUUUUACCUAAUGAUAUAUUUUCAUAAUAAAAAAUAAUUUUG